GCACAUCCAGGACCCCAUGAACCUGGGGGCUCUGCUGCGCUCCGCGUACUUCCUGGGGGUGGACAGAGUGGUGGCGACACACAGCAACAGCUGCCCCUUGACUCCCAUAGUGAGCAAAGCCAGUGCUGGAACCAUGGAGGUCUUUGAUGUGUACAGCACAGAUGAUCUGCCGGGCUUUCUGAAGGCCAAAAGUGCAGAAGGCUGGGAAGUGGUGGGAACAGCCAGCAGGCCUGAGGAUGUGGAAGGUGUUCCUGUCAUCAGCUGCUCGGAAUUCCGGUGGGACAAACCCCUCAUUGUGGUGAUAGGCAGUGAAGGGGAGGGCAUUUCCCUGCAGACCCAGCUGCAGUGCCAGCAGAUGUUGGCCAUCCCCCCUGGCAGGGCGCUGCACCCUGGCAUCGACUCCCUCAACGUCUCCGUGGCUGCAGGUAUCCUCCUGCACUCCAUCUGCAGCCAGAAACGGAGGCAUGGAGAUUGAAAUCCUCUUUAUUUGGUGGAGGAAGCUGCUCAGUGUGGGUUUGGAAAUGCUCUUCCCAGGGUCUCCACCAUCAGUGUGAGUUCCAGGGAGAGCCCAGAGACCUGAGCUGCAUUUUGGCUGCUGCAGAAGCCACCAGACCCCUGACUCAACACCCAGGGCAGAGCCCUGAUGUUGUGGGUAACAGCUGGGAGGAGCAGCUGAGGGAAGGCAGGCAGGUCUGGGAGCAGGAGAACACCCAGGGGUGGCUCCAGCACCUGUGCCCUGGGGACUUUGUGCAUCCCUUGGACUGUGGGGACAGUUUGGGCUGUGGGUGAAAGAGCCCUGUGCCCUUCCCAGCUGUGCCUGGGAGCCGCUGGAGCUGAAUUUUCUGUAUUUGGUUGUAAACCAGGUGUGCAGCCCUGCCAAGGGCUGGCAAACAUCUGGAGUGGGGGAGAAAUGGAGCCCGUGGAAAUAAAGCUUUUGUAAAGAUUG